GCUGGGACGCGGUAGCGUCACCUGCCGGAAACGCCCGAAUGCGCAUUCAGCGCGCGGUUUCUGGGAGGAUGGGUGAAGGCGACCUACAGAAAGACCCAGGCCAGGGGCCGGUAACACCGAACCAUCCUUUCGCGCCCGCUUCCCAACGGACGUUCCUGAGCACAACAACACCGCCCAGAAGGCUUCGCGGCCCGAUUCAACUUCCGGCCAGAAAGCUGUCUGCGUUUCCUGUGUGGGGAAGGGGCUGCGUCAGUCCCGCGCCGAAGGCCCGGCUGGUAGGUGCCAACCUACCGUGCCUCGCAACCCUGGGGCCUGACUAGACGCUGAGAAUUGCAGUUACAGUCGUUUCGGGAGGGUCCAGCCAGGACUCUGAGAGGAAUUACGCGGGUGCCUCUCUGGACCACAUUUCCCAGAGGGCUCGGUGGCCCGUCGCUCUUCUCGCAGGAACGCGAACGUUUCGUCACGCCUGGCGGGACCGUUAGAUCCGUGAGGUGCAGAAGAGAAGGAAAGAAUGCACAAUGAACUUCUACAAGCAAUGUCCAAGGGGUCAAUGAUGUUCAGGGAUGUAUCUAUAAACUUCUCUCAGGAGGAAUGGGAAUGCCUGGACUCGGGUCAGAUGAAUUUAUACAAAGAAGUGAUGUUGGAAAAUUUCAGCAACCUGGUUUCAGUGGGACUUUCCAAUUCUAAGCCAGCUGUAAUUUCCUUAUUGGAACAAGGAAAAGAACCCUGGAUGGUUGAAAGAGAGCUGACAAGAGGCCUUUGUUCAGAUCUGGAAUCUAUGUGUGAGACCAAGAUAUUAUCCCUAAAGAAGAGACAUUUUAGUCAAGUAAUAUUUACCCAUGAAGACAUGCCCACUUUUAUUCAGCCCACAUUUCUUACUCCACAUCAAAAAACUGUUAAUGAAGAGAAACCCUGUGAAUGUAAGAUAUGUGGAAAGGCCUUUAAUCAGAACUCACAAUUUAUUCAACAUCAGAGAACUCAUUCUGCUGAAAAAAGCUAUGAAUGUAAGGAGUGUGGGAAGUCCUUUAGCCGUGGCUCACUUGUUACUCGACAUCAGAGGAUUCACACUGGUGAAAAACCCUAUGAAUGUAAGGAAUGUGGCAAGGCUUUUAGUUGUAGUUCAUAUUUUUCUCAACAUCAGAGGAUUCACACUGGUGAGAAACCCUAUGAAUGUAAGGAAUGUGGAAAAGCCUUUAAUUAUUGCUCAAACCUCAAUGAUCAUCAGAGAAUUCACACAGGUGAGAAACCCUAUGAAUGUAAAGUAUGUGGAAAAGCCUUUACUAAGAGUUCUCAACUUUUUCCACAUCUGAGAAUUCAUACUGGUGAGAAACCUUAUGAAUGUAAGGAAUGUGGGAAAGCCUUUACUCAACACUCAAGGCUUAUUCAACAUCAAAGAAUGCAUACUGGUGAGAAACCUUAUGAAUGUAAGGAAUGUGGGAAGGCCUUUAGUAGUGCCUCAACACUUACUAACCAUCACAGAAUUCAUGCAGGCAAGAAACUCUAUGAAUGUAAGGAAUGUGGAAAGUCCUUUAUUCAGAGCUCAGAACUUAUUCAACAUCAGAGAAUCCAUACAGAUGAAAAACCUUAUGAAUGUAAUGAAUGUGGGAGGGCUUUUAAUAAAGGCUCAAACCUUACUAGACAUCAAAGAAUUCACACUGGUGAGAAACCCUAUGACUGUAAGGAAUGUGGAAAGGCCUUUGGUAGUCGCUCUGACCUUAUUCGUCAUGAAGGAAUUCAUACUGGGUGAAAGAUAAGCCCUGUUGAUAAUCUUUAUAAUAAUAUCUUAAAAACAGGUAAUGGGGAAAAAAAUAAAGCAGUGUAGUAGUUUUUUAGGCUACUGUAA